AUGUUGAAAAUACGUGAACUUCAAAGAAAAAGACAAGAAGAGGCUGCCGCCGCCGCCGCCGCAGCAUCAGCAUUAGCAUCAGCAUCAGCACAAGCACAAGCCUCGGGCUCUCCACUGACCACAUCGUCCAAUUCCCCCACCACCACCACCACAACAACAACGACGCCACCAGCCUCAUCUGUCUCGUCGAGCGCAGCCCAGCUCCGCUUGCAAAAGGAUAUCGCCGAGCUCGACUUGCCCAAAACCAUCAAGUUGCAAUUCCCCAACACCCAGGACAUCUUCCACUCCGAGCUCACCAUCAUCCCCGCGUCGGGGUUCUACCGCGGCGGCAAAUUCCAAUUCAAGAUUGAAAUCACGGCGAAUUUCCCCAUUGAGCCUCCGCGCAUCAAGUGCAUCAACAAGAUUUAUCAUCCUAAUAUCGAUCUCGCGGGCAAUAUAUGCUUGAAUAUCUUGCGCGAGGACUGGUCCCCCGUGCUCAGCUUGAACUCGGUGUUGAUUGGUUUAAAUUUCUUGUUCUUGGAGCCUAAUCCUAAUGACCCCUUGAAUAAAGAAGCGGCUAACAUGCUUGUUAAGGACCGCAAGCAGUUUGAACGCAAUGUCAAUUCUAGCAUGCGGGGUGGAUAUAUCGAGCUGAGCUACUACGAUCGGGUGAUUUGA